AUGGCGGAAUCAACCGAGAUUCCUACCCCUUCCGGCUUACCCUUGCUGGGUAACAUUACAUCUAUCAAUCCUGAAUUCCCACUAGGGUCUAUGGUGUCGCUCGCUGAACAGCAUGGCGAAAUCUAUCGAUUGAGAUUUCCAGGCCGAACUGUCGUGAUCGUCUCUACACAAGAAUUGGUCAACGAGACUUGCAAUGAGAAGCGGUUCAAGAAGUGUGUCAAUUCAGCUUUAACUGUAAGAUAUGCCGUACUCGCAAAGCUGCAUUCGCUAAUGAUGGGAAAGGAAAUCCGAGAAGGAGUUCAUGAUGGGCUUUUUACUGCCAAGCUCGGGGAGGAGAAUUGGGGCAUCGCCCACAGAGUGUUGAUGCCCGCCUUCGGACCAUUAUCGAUCCAGCGCAUGUUUGACGAGAUGCACGAUAUUGCCUCUCAACUUGCUCUCAAGUGGGCGCGAUACGGGCCUGACUCGCCCAUCAUGGUAACUGAUGACUUUACUCGUCUGACAUUGGAUACACUGGCUUUAUGUUCCAUGGGCUAUAGGUUUAACAGCUACUAUUCUCCAGUCCUCCAUCCAUUUAUCGAAGCAAUGGGUGACUUUCUGACCGAAGCUGGAGAGAAACCUAGACGAUUGCCUUUACCUGGAAUUGUCUACCGCGAUCGUAAUCGUAAAUAUCAAAACGAUAUUGAGACUAUGAGAAGUACUGCCAAAGAGGUUCUUGAAGCUCGAAAGGCAGAUGGAGGCACGCGGAAAGAUCUCUUGACGGCUAUGCUUGAGGGUGUCGACACAAAAACCGGCAAGAAGAUGACUGACGAGAGUAUUAUGGAUAAUCUGAUCACCUUUCUUAUUGCAGGGCACGAAACUACGUCAGGGCUCUUGUCUUUCGCCUUCUAUCAGCUCCUUAAACAUCCAAAUGCCUACCAGCUUGCCCAGAACGAGGUUGACCAAGUUGUCGGUAAAGGACCUAUACAGGUUGAGUCUCUUUCUAAACUGCCAUAUCUGAAUGGUGUUUUGAGAGAAACCCUUCGUCUCAAUGCAACCAUCCCUCUCUUCACCGUCGAAGCUUUCGAAGAUACCCUCCUUGCAAACAAGUAUCCGGUCAAGGCUGGCGAAACUAUUGUCAACCUUCUCGCAAAGUCACAACUUGAUCCCGCGGUCUUUGGUGACGAUGCGGACGAGUUCAAGCCAGAACGCAUGUUCGAUGAGAACUUUACCAGAUUGAACAAGGGAUUUCCUAACUGCUGGAAACCUUUUGGGAAUGGUAUGCGAGCCUGCAUCGGAAGACCUUUCGCGUGGCAGGAAGCUUUACUGGUAAUGGUGAUGCUUCUGCAGAACUUUAACUUUGUUCUUGAUCCCAAGUACAAUCUUGAUUUCAAGCAGACGUUGACUAUCAAGCCCAAAGAAAUGUACAUGAGGGCGAUCUUGAGGGACAACCUUACGCCGACCACCCUUGAGCACCGGUUGGCUGGUCUUUCUGUUUCAGAAAAGAUAGACGGGAACGGGACCAGUAGAGAGACUGCCGAAUCUGAAGACGGCGUCCCUAUAACGGUCUUGUACGGAUCUAAUAGUGGUACAUGCGAGUCUCUGGCCCAGAGGGUUGCGACCGAUGCCGCCGAACAUGGAUUCCACGUCACCAAGAUUGACUGUCUCGACACUGCAAAGGAGAAUCUACCUACCGACCAGGCUGUUAUUAUCAUCACCGCAUCAUACGAAGGUGAACCUCCCGACAAUGCGGGUCAUUUUCUUUCUUGGCUUGAGAACACCAAGCAAGAGGGCAAGCCACUGAACGAUGUUUCGUAUGCUGUUUUUGGAUGUGGCCACAAGGAUUGGGUGCAGACUUUCCACCGCAUUCCCAAGCUUGUGAACGAUACUCUUGAGAAGCUUGGUGCUACCCGACUGGUCGACAUGGGUGUUAGCGACGUCUCCCAGAAUGCGUUCUCUAGUGAUUUUGAGAUAUGGGAGGAUAACAUGCUAUGGCCUGCUCUCGAAAGUCAUUACAAGCCUGAAAGUAAAGCCAAGUCAGCACACAAAGGGCUGAGAGUUAAAAGCAGUAACUUUAGGAGCCUUACCCUCCGUCAAGAUGUCCAAGAGGCUACAGUGAUCUCAACUAGGACCUUAACCAGCGAAGCCGAAGUACGAUCCAGGAAGAAACACAUGGAGGUACAAUUAUGCGAAGGCACUCGAUACGCAGUAGGGGAUUACCUUGCUGUUCUACCCGUCAAUCCCCAAGAAGUUGUUCGUCGGGCACUGAGGAGGUUCAGGCUCCCAAUAGAUGCUCAUUUGGAGAUUUCAAGCAGUACGCCGACUACACUCCCGACUGAUACAUCUGUAUCAGCGCUGGAUGUUUUGAGUUCCUACGUUGAGCUUUCGCAUCCAGCCACAAAGAGGAACCUUCUUGUUAUUGCUGAAGCCACAUCAGAUGCAAAGUCUAAAGCUGCCCUCACGUCCCUUUCUGGAGAUCUUUAUGUAGAGGAAGUCAGCAAUAAGCGCGUAUCAGUCCUAGAUAUACUAGAGCGGUAUCCCUCUGCCGAAUUGUCUAUCAAGGACUUCUUACAAAUGCUGCCAUCUAUGCGCAUUCGCCAAUACUCCAUCUCAUCGUCUCCUUUAUGCAAUCAAUCUCGUGCCACAAUUACAUUUUCAGUCCUCAAGGGGCCCGCCUUUUCAGGCCAAGGCGCAUAUAACGGCGUCGCAACCUCUUACCUUGACUCUCUAGUUGAAGGUGACACGCUCCAGGUGGCCAUCCGCCCAUCGCCUGCUGCUUUCAGCUUUCCCUCAAGCCCCGAAAGUACACCCAUGAUUUGCAUUGCCGCUGGAUCAGGACUUGCGCCGUUCAGGGGCUUCAUACAGCACCGAGCCAUGAUGUACGAAUCAGGUCGCAGUCUCGCGCCAGCUCUGCUUUUCUUCGGUUGUCGUUCUCCUGACCAAGACGACCUUUACCACGAUGAGUUCGACAACUGGCAGAAGUGUGGUGUGGUAGACAUCCGACGAGCGUACAGUCGUCAUGAAGAGGGGUGCAGAUAUGUCCAAGAUCGGAUCUGGCUAGACAAGGAAGCCUUUAUUGAUCUUUGGGAGAAAGGUGCCAAGGUCUACGUGUGUGGCUCAAGGGCAAUGGCUGAUUCGGUAAGAGAAGUUAUGAUCAAAGUCAAGAUUGAGAUGGAAACGAGACGUGGGGGUAAGAUGACACUAGAUGAGGCAGAGAAGUGGUUCGAUGAUCAAAGGAACGUGAGGUAUGCAAUGGAUGUGUUUGACUAG